ACGUCGAAAACGAUUGACUCUGUGGAUUGACUGGUAAUUGACUGCAGAUUGACUGCGUCAAAUUUCGGCAAAAUUGUCAAAAUGCGCCAGAGUACGUAAUGUAUAAGUAGUAUUUAUACAAGUAGUAUUUUACGUGAUGGAACGGAUGAUAUUUAUACACGGAGUGAUUUUGAGAGAAGCCAGAUACCGGAUAGUUGCCGGAUAUCCGUUCCACCCCUAAUAAAUACCAUAUAUGGUAUUUAAAAAAAGAUAUGAAUCAAACGCUUUUAAUUAACAACAGACCUCUAUCAGAAUGCAAUGAUUUCUGGAAUCAAGAUUUAAAAUGCGAUACCACCACAAACAGCAUUGUAGAUGCAAAGCUGGAAAUCGAUUUGGGUGAACCAACAAUUUUUACCCCUCAAAUACUAUAUUCUAUUCAUUUAGAAACAGAUCCUCUGUUAAAUAACCCUUCUUCACCCAAAAAUAGCUCAGAUUCAAGUGUUGACCAUUCGACGAAGGAGAUUGAUGAAAAACACGUAGAAGUCAACGAAUUGAUAAUAAAUACAUCGGAAAAUACGGAAACAUUAGGUAAUGACAAAAAUUUGGAUAAAGAACAAACUCAAAAUCAUGUCUGCACUGUGUGUGGGAACCAAUACAACCAAUUGCAGGAAUUGAGGCAACAUCAACAGAACGAAAGCCAUGUCACAAAUGUGCAAUUUCAAACGUGUUUCCUUUCGUUGUCAAAAAUGGAUCAUAUUUCCUGUUUCGAAAAGAUUGAUGAAGUAGAACUGAAACAAAACACUGCCGGUGAACAUGUAGCGAAAAUGAACAUUGUUGUACAGAAAGAACCAGUCGUUGUGUCGAAACCAAAACGUUCUCUACAAACAAGAAGAAAUGAUAAUGAAGAAUAUAGUCAUACCUGUGAGAUGUGUGGUGGCGGAUUCAGUAACGACACUACAUUAUGGAAGCAUCGAAUCAAAGAAAACCAUUUGACUCCGUCUAGCAAGGAAAUUCAUUAUCAGAAAAUGGUAUCAUGGAUAAAGGAAUACAACAGCUAUUUAUCCGUUGUCAAUUACAGCCAAAUUUAUUGUAAAUUAUGUGACAAAUCACUUGAAUGUUCAAGCAAAUAUGUGAUUGCCCAGCAUGUCAGGAGAAGUCACAAUCAGGCGGAUACAAAAGGUAAAAAAGGAAAAGUAAAGAAAAGAUCCUAUAGACAUAAAAAACGUAAAUUAAAUUGCGACAAAUGUAACCGUAAGUUUAAACACAUGUCCAGUUUAAACUCGCACGAAAUAAUGGGAUGCGAAAAACAACGACGGUUUUUUGCGACAUUGAAGGCUGCAACUUCAGUUCGUACCAAAAAUCAGCUUUAGAGAUAAUAAUAUAAUAAUUUGAAUGUCUUGUGACAAUUCAGAGUAAUGCAUGUUAAAUAUAAAUUAUCUAUUUUUAUAGUUCAAUGUUAACUGAUGAUUAUAAUAUUAGUAUAUGUUAUAUACUAUUUUUCGUAUGCUAUUACAAAUUUGUUGUCAUUAAUUCUUUCAUUGAUUUCGUAUUAAUAUAAAUUAAUAAUAGAAACUAUUUUAUUUUGUAAGUAAAUGUGCAUGUUAUCUAUACAUUUACUACCCUUAUUUUAUCUACCUUCACUUCCUCCCUCACAAUAGUGUUUCCCUUAUCAGACCCAGAACCCACCUCCAGUACCGAUUCUGUACGUCCUCCAGAAUAUCCUUCCUCUUCCAUCACCCAACUUACGCCCCGUACAUCGUUGCACUCCUCAUCAAACAUAAUCUUUCUCUUUCUGAUGUCCCUUCCAAAUACUCUCUCAUCCCAUCCCCAGACUUGCCCCAUCACCUUAUUUGCCCUUUUAGCCAUCUUCCUCACAUGCGCCGCGUCCUCGCUAUCCUCCCUGAACCUAAACCUCAGAUAUGUGAAUUCUCUCACCUCCUCGAUCCCCCUCCGAAUGGAAGAGUAUUUGGAUCAGACCAGGAUCCAUAAUGGGUUUUCAAGCUGAUGAUGAUGUUUAUGUUAGUUUCUGUAUUGAAUUAUCUUUAGGUGGUAUUAUCUCUCUUAAAGCUUGAUUAACUUCCUCUUUUUUAAUUAUACCCAAUUAAAUUUCAAUCUGCAUCGUUUAAUGCUAAAAGCUUAUUUGGGUGAUCAAUGAUUAUGACUGUUUUUUUUGCAUUUCAUUACGGACAGCUUGGUUGAAUAUAACUUGUCCAGAUUCGUCGCUAAAUAGGUGCUAUUUUCUUUAAUAUCUAUCUUUCAAUAUCCACGUCUUGAAAGGCAUUGAGAAAGAUAAUAAUUUGAAGAUAACUUAAGUUCAAUGACAGAAAUGCAUACAUUCUCAAAAAUGUUGAAAGACCAAUUUGCAAUUUGUGAUUUUAGGGAUUUUCCAAGAAAAUGGGUGAAUUCUU